GGACCCGGGAGGUUACACGAAUGUCAACACAACAGCGUCUUUGAUCAGCCGUGGUUGCGGGCGAUGUCGACGGUCAAUCAGGUCCGGUGAUCCUCGUAUAUCUAUCAAAAUAAUUUAACAAUACAAUCCGGCGCUUUUUUCCUACUGUGCUUAAAAAAUAUUAAGCCGCAUCCAUGAUUAUGGACGUGCUUUACAUACUCAGACGGAAGCACAUCGUCUCCAACAGGACGUUCAACGACUUCGAUUGCCUGCACGAAGGCAAUUCUCUGUGCUGCAUAUCCGUCAAGAAUGUGGUCGCUUUCACUACCAGGACCGAGCUAGAAGACACGAACGGAAAGUCAUACGGGUGCCAUGUCUACGUCGCCGACCUCAACACACCGUGGCACAGCUACAAGGUGACGUCAAAAAAUGAUUCUGUCCUUGCGUUGGAGUGGGAUGCGGCAGGAGAGCGACUGCUUUUAGCAACUGAAUCAGGUGAUGUGUCUCUAUGGUCAUCUAAGGACCAUGUUCUCAACUCCUGGAGCUGUAUCGGGACUGCUCUUUUUCCCGGAGAGUCAAUUAUUGGGGCUGCUUUUUUCCAUAAUGGAAGAAAGAUUAGUAUUGUCGCAGAGAAGAAGGACAGUGUUAUAUACAGUGAGAAGAUGAGCCAUAUCAAGUUUUCCCCAUCUGUUCGCGGAUUCGGUGGAGGCGCUGUCGAAGGAUGCCUUGUUCUCACCGGUACUGGCAUAGUGGGCGCUGCAGCUUUGAGCAAAGAGACUCCUUGCUCCGGCCGGCUCAUAACAGCCGCAGAAAGCCUGGCUCCAACCAGGGCGAUAAUCUCUACAGCAGAUAUCUCUUAUGGAAAAAAUGGCCAGUUUGUAGUUGCAGUCAGUAACGGUGAUGUCUGUAGGGUGCAAUGUUAUACAGUGUCAGUCAAACUUAUUGACGAUAAUUUAAGCAUCAGCUCGCAAGCUCUUCCAAGCUUUUUUUUGCAAAGUUUUAAGGCCAAUGGACCAGAAGGCAAAGUAACAGGAUUGAAAUUCGUUACUUGUGAAGACGCAGAUUCAUUAGUCGUAUGCGCGAACACAUCUCAAGGAGGGGUUGUCGAAGUCUGGCAGCUAACAGAGAGAGCAGUCCCACUCCACAGAAUUUUUCAAACACUUUCUGACCCUUUCAAGACAGUUGCUUGGCAGUUUGAAAGCAGUUACAUUACCAGUUCACCCAUAACUUGUGUUACAACUUGUAAAGUCGCUCUGACCACAUCUGUGCCACCUCCUUCUUAUGUGAUGGUAACAACCAGUGAUGCGACACUACACUGUCUUUACAGGGAUUCACUCAAAGUUGUGGCGACAAGAUCAAUUGCAUGUGCUUGGCAAGAAGACACAAUAAAACACCAAAGACUGAGCACAAAAAUCACCCACAUGGAUUUGACUUGGCUUGGUUGUGCCUUGGCGCUCGUUGAUUCGCACGGGCAACUCUAUGUGUUAAGAGUGCCACCGAUUUUAGAACCUGGGGUCGGAAUGACAGUGAUAGUGGCGAGUACGCUAUUGGAGUAUUGCCUUGUGACCGGUACGGACAAUUGGGAUGUGCUCGUCUCCAUACAGACACCGAUUGUGGAUGCCAUUGUUGACAGAAUCACUGAUAACUAUGCUAGACAGCCACCAAGUUCCCAACAGUAUUACUACGCUAGUCAUCUGUCUUUGAGAAUGGCUUUAGCAAGGUUAACUCACAAUGGACAGACUCGUGCAGCAGACCUCACGGCUUUACUUAUGCUGCAUACGGUUUCUGCAGCUUUCACUUCACUGUUGCGCCCUUCUGAUUCAUCACACGAUAAAGGCCCAACUGAAAUCCUUGCAGCUCUUUUGGCCGAUAAUUUAAUAGAUGUCGACAAAAUUUUGAUGCAUCUGGAUGGAAAGGAUUUUACUGUCGAGCCGAGCACGCUUCAGUCCCUCCAGCAGCUCAUUCAAUGGACUGCUGACUUGGCACUCAACAUACUCGCUAGAAUACCAGAACAGUACAAAGUUCAGACAAGUGAACUCGGAAGAGAUCUGAAAGCAAUCAACUCUUUGAGGCAGCUUCUUGUCAUCGUGAGGAUCUGGGGCCUGCUCAGGUCGACAUGCCUUCCGAUGUUUGUACGCAGUGCCGAGAAUCUCGAUGUCCUCGCCCUUCUUUUCAAACUCUUGUCGAAACUCGUCCAAAGCCAUGAACCAGACGAAACUCUCAUUGACGAAUGCUGCUUGCUUCCCAGUCAGGUGAUGAUUCCUCAGAUCAACCCGACGACUCCAAUAGUCGGGAUUGCAGUACCUUCACUUGCCUACCAUGGAUUUCCAAUACAAUUGGAAUUUGGCGUCGAACCGGAUAGUCUUGUAUUUGAGCCAGAGCAGAACAACUUAGAAGGAUGCCUUGCGACAGAUCAAAGUCUAGACACUCUGAGACACAUCUACCUUGGAAAACAACCGUACAUGGUCAAACAGUGCUGCAGGUGUGGUGGAAAAGCUCAACUUCCUGGGUCGACAAGGAAUUCAGCUUUGAGGGCAUGGGAUCUUAGAUGGCUCAGGGCCUGCCGCUGUGGAGGGACUUGGAGGGUGCACAAAUAUUAAGAACAUAUUUCGUCAAUUUACAAGUUGCUUUUAAUGAUAACCGAUCCUUGUAAAUAAUAUUUUAAAAGCAUUUUCCAAUUUUGUAAAUAGCUACUAUAAAUACAUUUAUAGCUGUUUCUAUGACAAUACUUUAUA